CAUUUACGUGUUCAUAUAACUAGAUCAACACGGUGGCUAUUAUCCAGCUGUUAUCUUCGACUACGCUAAUCCUGUUAUCAAGCAGAUUUAUGUACAAAUAAUAGCUAAAGACCACCAGAUCGUUGACUUACAGAUCAUAGAGACGACAUUAUUCAUCAAGGUCAAAAGUCAGAAUGUCCUCAUAUACUGCAGAGCAAGAAAAAAUAGUCUUGAAAAUCCUCUCUUACAAGCCCCAUCAAUACUAUGAGAUCUUAGCUGUGGAGAAGUCGGCAGGAGAAGCUGAAAUCAAAAAGUCAUAUCGUAAACUUGCCAUCAAGUUACAUCCAGACAAAAACCCACAUCCUAGAGCUGCCGAAGCCUUCAAAUUUUUGAAUAAAGCAUGGGGAGUGUUAAGUGAUCCUUCCAAGAAAAACAUCUUUGACCAAACAGGGUCCGAUCCGGAAGCAAGAUUCGGUGCCAGCUCAUCAGGAGCCUCGCCGUUCUCAAGAGGCGGUAAUGCACAGCACUUCUCAGGAUUCCAAUCUGGAGGAGGUGUUCCAUUCGACGAGGACAUUUUCAACCUUUUCUUCGGCGGUGCUUCCAGAGGACCUACAUUCAACUUUGGUGGCAAUGGUUUUACUUUUCAAUCUUUCGGUGGAGACCCGUUUGUAAGACAGCAUACGCAAGCACGGACUCAAAAUUCAAGGGCUCGUCAACAAACCCCAGCAGAACCUUCCACUUUCGAAACAUUGAAACAGUUACUUCCAAUUUUAUUAUUUUUGAUUGUCCCUAUAAUAUCAGCUCUUUUUUCAGACGAUUCGUCGGUUCCAGACUAUUCAUUCACGCCUUCGAAGCUGCUCAACUUGGAAAGAAAUACACCUAACUACAAGAUCCCCUUCUACGUGUCGGAAAAUUACAUAAAGAAGAAGAAGUUGACCAGUAAGCAAUUGAAACAUCUUGAUAGGAAGGUGGAACAAGUAUUUAUUCAAGACAAGAGAUCCAAGUGUUCAAGGGAGCAAAUUAUGAAGAAUGAAAUGAUGGAAGAUGCCCACGGUUGGUUCUCCACUGAUUUUGAGAAAUUAAGGGAGGCCGAAAACAUGCCAAUGCCUAAUUGUCAGACUUUGAGAAAAUUGGCGUCCUCCGCCCGUCCUUUCAAAGUAUCCAAAAUUACGCCUUCAACCAAGAAACAAAAGGUGUCGUCUACAGAAAACAGUCCUAUUACCCGCGAAGACAACUCGAGUGCCAGCCAUAUGGACUCAGCAGAACUAUUAAGGAUCCUCGAGGACCCGGUUCUCUUCAAAGAAAAGGGCGAUCUCAUACGAAAUGACCUUCUUGCCCAUAUAAAGAAACAGGACGUGGUCAUCCAGAAUGUCACCAACGAGUUGGAUACUUCCAAGACCGCCAACAAAGCCUUCAAACAGGCCUUGAGUGAGAUCGGAACUGUGGUCAUUUCCGUCGCCAUGGGUGACUUGUCCAAGAAGGUCGAAAUCCACACCGUUGAAUCGGAUCCCGAGAUCUUGAAAGUCAAGAUUACCAUCAAUACCAUGAUGGACCAGUUACAGGCGUUCGCCAACGAAGUUACCAAAGUUGCCACUGAAGUCGCCAAUGGUGAGUUGGGUGGUCAAGCCAAGAACGAAGGUUCUGUUGGUAUCUGGAGAUCCUUAACCGAUAAUGUGAAUAUUAUGGCCCUUAACUUAACUAACCAAGUGAGAGAAAUUGCUGAUGUCACCAGAGCUGUAGCUAGAGGUGACUUGUCCCGGAAAAUUAACGUGCACGCCCAAGGUGAAAUCUUACAGUUGCAAAUGACUAUCAAUACAAUGGUGGACCAAUUAAGGACGUUCGCUUUCGAAGUGUCUAAAGUCGCCCGUGAUGUUGGUGUUUUAGGUAUUUUGGGUGGUCAAGCUUUUAUUGAGAAUGUUGAAGGUAUUUGGAAAGAAUUAACUGAUAACGUAAAUGCUAUGGCUUUGAACUUAACAACUCAAGUCAGAAAUAUUGCUAAUGUGACUACUGCGGUAGCAAAAGGAGAUUUGUCUAAGAAGGUUACGGCUGACUGUAAAGGUGAAAUUUUGAAUUUGAAAUUAACCAUCAACCAGAUGGUGGAUCGAUUGCAGAAUUUCGCUCUUGAGGUGACUACAUUAUCGAGAGAAGUCGGUACUUUAGGUAUCCUAGGAGGGCAAGCCAAUGUGCAAGAUGUCGAAGGAGCUUGGAAAGCAGUUACAGAAAACGUCAAUCUAAUGGCUACGAAUUUAACAAACCAAGUCAGAUCGAUUGCUACAGUGACUACUGCAGUUGCUCAUGGUGAUUUGUCCCAGAAAAUUGAUGUGCACGCUCAGGGUGAAAUUUUACAAUUGAAGAAUACUAUCAAUAAGAUGGUGGACUCUUUACAGUUAUUCGCUUCUGAAGUGUCGAAGGUUGCUCGAGAUGUCGGUAUCAAUGGUAAAUUGGGUAUUCAAGCCCAGGUCAGUGAUGUCGAUGGUCUUUGGAAGGAAAUUACGUCUAAUGUCAACACUAUGGCCUCCAACUUGACAUCUCAAGUUAGAGCCUUCGCACAAAUUACAGCUGCAGCAACAGAUGGUGAUUUCACCAGAUUUAUUACAGUCGAGGCCAGUGGUGAAAUGGAUGCUUUGAAGACCAAGAUUAACCAGAUGGUGUUAAAUUUGAGAGAGUCUAUUCAAAGAAACACUGCUGCCAGAGAAGCUGCUGAAUUGGCUAAUAGUGCAAAGUCUGAGUUUUUGGCAAACAUGUCUCAUGAAAUUAGAACACCAUUGAACGGUAUCAUCGGUAUGACACAGUUGUCCCUUGACACAGAAUUGACACAAUAUCAAAGAGAGAUGUUAUCUAUUGUCCACAAUUUAGCUAAUUCCCUUUUGACAAUUAUCGACGAUAUUUUGGAUAUCUCCAAGAUUGAAGCCAACAGAAUGACCGUUGAACAGAUUGAUUUCUCAUUGAGAGGUACUGUUUUUGGAGCCUUGAAGACAUUGGCUGUGAAGGCUAUUGAGAAAUCCUUAGAUUUGACUUACCAAUGUGACUCAUCAUUCCCAGACAAUUUGAUUGGUGAUUCGUUCAGAUUACGUCAAGUUAUUUUGAACCUAGCUGGUAACGCUAUCAAGUUUACCAAGCAAGGUAAGGUUAGUGUUAGUGUUAAGAAGUCAAGUAAGAUUGUUGAAGACACCGAAAAAUUACUCUUGGAAGUAUGUGUUAGUGACACCGGUAUUGGUAUCGAAAAGGACAAACUUGGUCUUAUUUUCGACACUUUCUGUCAAGCAGAUGGUUCUACUACGAGAAAGUUCGGUGGUACAGGUCUAGGCUUGUCCAUUUCCAAACAGUUGAUUCAUCUUAUGGGUGGUGAAAUUUGGGUUACUUCUGAUUAUGGUUCUGGAUCCAAUUUCUACUUUACUGUGAGUGUUUCUCCCUCGAACAUCAGGUAUACUAGACAAACUGAACAAUUAUUACCAUUCAGCUCACAUUACAUUUUGUUUGUUUCAACUGAACAUACUGACGAGGAGCUUACGGAAAUCAAUGAUGGAAUUGUUGAGUUAGGCUUGAACCCAAUAAUUGUGAGAGAUAUCAACGAUGCUAAUUUGACUGAGCCAGUUAAGUACGAUAUUAUUAUGAUUGACUCUAUCGAGACUGCAAAGAAUUUGAGGUUACUUCCAGAAGUCAAGUACAUUCCAUUGGUGUUGCUUCAUCACUCCAUUCCUGAAUUGAACAUGAGAAUCUGUAUUGAUUUGGGUAUCUCCUCCUAUGGUAACACACCAUGUACUAUAACCGAUUUGGCGAGUGCCAUAAUACCUGCUUUGGAAUCCAGAUCUAUUUCUCAGAACUCGGACGAAUCUGUCAGUUACAAGGUAUUGUUAGCAGAAGAUAAUUUGGUUAACCAGAAGUUAGCUGUCAGAAUUUUGGAGAAACAGGGUCAUCAAGUUGAGGUUGUUGAAAAUGGUUUGGAAGCCUAUGAAGCCAUUAAAAAGAAUAAAUAUGAUGUGGUGUUGAUGGAUGUUCAAAUGCCUGUAAUGGGUGGUUUUGAAGCAACCGAAAAGAUCAGACAAUGGGAGAAGAAGUCGAACCCUAUAGAUUCCUUGAGCUUCAGAACUCCAAUUAUUGCAUUAACAGCCCAUGCGAUGUUGGGUGAUCGUGAAAAGUCGUUGGCGAAGGGUAUGGAUGACUAUGUGUCGAAGCCAUUGAAGCCUAAGUUGUUGAUGCAAACUAUAAACAAGUGUGUGCAUAACAUCAACCAAUUGAAGGAGCUUUCGAAGCAAAACAACAGUAACAGAACCUCCGACUUUGCGAAGAACUUGAAGAAGGGUUCCAUAAAAAACGAGCAUGUUCACUCCAACAUGUUGAUAGGGUCCAGUCCAAGUAGCACGUCUGUCAAUACCCCUGUCGGAUUUGGUUCCGGUGGCAACACUGGUACCGGAACUGGAGGUACCAACUCGACAUGCUCCACUCCACCAAUUGCAUCGGCCGAUUUGUUCACCUCUGCAAUGCAGGGUCCGCCAAAAAUCAGAAAAACCAACUCCAACGACCAAAUUUCAAACGGCUCUACUAGACCGGGCCAAUUAUCGAUGAAUAACAAGUCCGUCACCGAGAGUCGACUUUAUUCGUUUGCAAGCUUCAAGACGGAAGGAAAUGGCGACAGCAUGGAUGUGGACGAAUCGUCUAAGAAGAUCGAGCAACUUGAUUAGUUUAAGUUUGAGGGAAGUUGACCAUAUUUCAACUGGAUUAUUAUAUUGAGUGCAUCCGUUCCAUUGGAACCUUACAGUUCAUCAUUUGUAGACCAUCAAUACUUGCUACUUUUUAUUUAUUUCAAAUUGGGUAUAUAAUUCGAAUGUCAUUAUUGUUUUGG